AUGCUCGCGCCCCCAGCGCCCCUCGCCGCCUACCCCGCCCCCAUCCUCGCACACAAGCACGUCCCCGCCGCCGCCCUCUACCUCCACUGCGCCCCCACCGUCGAGGUCAUCCAGCUCGUCGAGGUCCCCGCCCCGCCCCCGCGCUCCCACCCCUACUCCUCCUCCUACGCCUCCUCCUCCUUCGCCUCCUCCUCCGGCUCCGACUCCGACUCCGAGCAGGACGAGUCCAUCUGCUCCUCCUACUGCUCCUCCGACGACGCCGCGAGCGCGGACGCACCCGCCCCCGCCGACGACACAUACAAAACGCGCAUCACUCGCGUCCUCGCCUGGAGAGACGGGUUCACGAAAGCCCUCGACGCGGACGUCGACAUGCCCCCAGCACCACCCUCCUCCCCCGUGUCCUCCGCGCCCUCGAACUCAUCCUCGCGUAAGCGCAAAGCGGACGACGAUCACGCCUUCGACUCGGACGACGACAUGUCGUCACGGUCCUCGAAGCGUUCGCGCUCGCUGCCCCCACAGGAGCGCGCGCCCCCGAGCUGGCAGCAGCGCCGAUUCUCCGCGCACUCGUGCUCCGCGUGCGACGCCCACUUCGCGACCGUCCAGAGCCUGCGCCAGCACGGCCAGGAGGCGAGCAUCAACGACGCAUGUCGAGAAGCGGUCGAGUACGGGUUCGAGCCAUGA